UGAAACCGGUUCCCCUCUCGUCCGCUUCUGAGCUUGGUUCUCUACUCGUACAACCAAUCAACGUCAGCAAACCUCAAAAUCCGCCCUUUCCCCGCGUCACCUCACAACCGGCAACAAUGUGUGAAAUUAAUUUAAUUGAUUAAUUCCAUUAAUUUUUUCAUAAAUUUGAUAACGAAGAUAGUUAUUUCCUGACCAACUACAUCUCCGAAAGAAUCAUGGUCUUGGGCUUAAGCUAUUAAUCGCGAGCUCAGAGAAACCACUUUUUUAUUGACACUUUUAUCGAUUUGUGCCGUGUCUGUGUUAGUGUUUGCGUGUCGGAUAAUACUCGAAAUGAAUAAUUUUGGAAUAAUUUUGGUGACUUGUUUUGUGGCUUUUAACAUUGAGAGCAACCAUUGUCAGGACUACGGAGGCUCGUACUUUGUAUCCGAUGAGUUUAUACGGCAAUUAAAUGAUGAACAGACUGAUUGGAAGGCCGGGAGAAAUUUUGGACCGUGGGUGACAUCGGCUGCAAUCGAUAGUUUGUUUGGCGGAAAUAACCAUCUCUCGAGGAGCAUGGGGCUUUUCAACUUGAUCUUCGAUAUCCCGAGUCAAAUUUACACCGAGUUGAAGCAGUCGUUUUUGACUUCGAUGCCCGAUGAGUUCGAUGGCCGCAAGGAGUGGGCCGUUGUGUGCAGAGCUCGCGUGUCAGAGGUUGUCGACACCGGUCUUUGCUCUGCCAGCUGGGCUCUUUCAGUGGCGCAAGCAAUACAUGACCGCUAUUGCAUUUACUAUUUGCGGGAUGACCGAACUUUCUCAGCAAAGCAAUUGCUCGACUGCUGCCCAAAUUGCGGAAACUGGGGCUGCAAAGGCGGGAACCAGGGACAAGCGUACGAGUAUUUGCUGAAAUACGGGUUGCCGACCGGGAGCAACAUCCCUGGGGAGAACAUCGGGUGCAAGCCGUGGAGCCUGGACUCCAUGCGAUGCUUGACGUCACGAAUGGCGCCUCCGGGGCUGGGCACCGGCCAGUGCGACUACUCCGACACGGAUACCUGCCGCCAGGACAAGUGUACCAACGAGGUCUUCGUCGAUAGAGAUCGCCAGGCCACCAACGAGCUCUUCAAAAUUGAGGCUUUCUGGAAAAACUGUCCUAAGAUGGCUUUCUUCUUCGAGAGCGACGACAACAUCAUGCGAGAAAUCUACACAUACGGUAGUAUCACUGCUCAGGUGACGGUCUUCAGCGAUUUCCUCAACUAUAAGCGUGGUGUCUACCACCCGACGAGCAAAGCGGUGUUACUGGGCGACUUGGUGUUACGGAUCGUUGGCUGGGGCACCGAAGGAGGAGUCAACUAUUGGUUGGCGGCUGGAGUUUGGGGCCCAAGAUGGGGUGACGCCGGAUUCGUCAAACUCAGGAGAAGAGACAAAAAGCUCAACAUGGAGGACAGGAUGUAUGUGGGCCGAAUAGGGGGCCUCAAAUGUUACGGUAAAGUGUAAUUUGGUGGUCUUCCGAUCUGUGAUAGAUAUUGUUGCGACGAGUAUACUUGCUAAAACCGAGUUUCAUCAAAUACAUUUCGUUUAAGAAGAAAAA